CUUGUUUUCCCUGAAAACCCAAAGCUCACUGCAGCAGAUAAAGAAAUAAAACUUAAAAAAACUAAAACAGCUCCUGUGAUUGGCCGAGAGCAAAUUAAAACAGGCUCUGUGAUUGGCUGAGAGGGAGCCGAGCCGUAUCGCUUCCUUCAUGUCAGCAAUAGAACCUCUCUGGUUGUUCCUGUAAACUUCUUCGAACUCAACCAUGAGGCUCUCCCCGGACGUCCACAGUGAGGUGUCAUGACCUAGAAAAAGCCGGAGAGAUAAGAUUUGGAGUGAGGAUGAGAUGAGAGGAGCGGAAUGUUGAUAUAUUUCUGUAUAGAUGUGCAACACUGAGGCAGUGAAUAAACACUACCUAGCAUGUUUGCUGUAAUCGCGACACAUCUCCGAGGCAGAGCCGUGAAAUGCUGGACGAGUCGACGGUCCGUAGCUACUGUCAUCUCCGGCAACAAGAUCUCACACAUCCGUGGUCGAUAUCAUGCAGACAUGUGACGGAGCGUCUGAAGAAGGACGUAGCAGAGAUGAACCUCCAGCGUCCAGGCUUUAGACCAGGCCUGGUGGUGCUACAAGUUGGAGACAGAGAUGACUCGAAUCUUUACAUCAGUAUGAAGUUAAAGGCAGCAGCCAGGAUUGGAAUUAAUGCCAACCACAUCAGGCUUCCCAACACUGCUACAGAAGGCGAGGUGCUGCAGAGCAUCACAAUGUUUAACGAGAACCCUGAUGUUCACGGACUCAUCGUCCAGCUUCCUCUGGACUCUGUCCAUCCCAUAAACACUGAAAAAGUGACCAAUUCUGUGGAUCCAGACAAGGACGUGGACGGUCUUUGCAGUGUGAAUGCAGGGAAACUGGCUCGAGGUGAUCUGCACAGCUGCUUCAUCCCCUGCACUCCCAGCGGCUGCAUGGAGCUUCUCAAACACACGGGUGUGUCCGUCGCGGGUAAGAAUGCGCUGGUGAUCGGACGCAGUAAAAUCGUCGGCGCUCCCAUGCAUGACCUCCUCAUGUGGAACCACGCCACUGUCACCUGCUGUCACUCCAAAACUCUGGACCUUCCAGCAGAGGUGAAGAAAGCGGACAUCCUGGUGGUGGGAGUCGGGAAAGCCGAGAUGCUGAAAGGAGACUGGAUUAAAGAGGGCGCUGUGGUCAUCGACGUCGGCAUUAAUUAUAUCCCAGACAGCAGCAGACCCUCCGGCAUGCGGGUGGUGGGAGAUGUUCACUAUCCAUCGGCGAAGGAGCGGGCGGGGUUCAUCACUCCGGUUCCUGGAGGAGUCGGACCCAUGACUGUAGCCAUGCUGAUGGAGAACACAGUAAAGAGUGCUGCGAGGUUUCUGCAGACGUUCAGCCCUGGGAAGUGGAACUUGAUGUACACCCCGCUGAAACCACAGAAACCUCAACCAAGUGAUGCCCAGAUCUCUCAGUGUGCUGCACAGAAGCCCGUUCAUCAGCUGGCUAAGGAAAUUGGGCUGUUCUCCAAGGAGAUGGAGCCGUACCACAGGAGGAGGCUGAAGGUGAGACUGGACGUCCUGAAACGACUGGACAAACAGCCUGAUGGGAAAUAUGUGGCAGUCACUGGAAUAACGUCCACUCCGCUAAGCGAAGGCCGCCGCACCGUGGCUCUGGGGCUAGCUCAAGCUUUAGGGGGACAUUUAAAGGUCAAUGCCUUCGCCUGUGUUAGACAGCCGUCUCUACAGCACUGUUUAGCAGGAGCUGUUGCUGGAGGCGGAUAUUCCCAGGUCUCCAUGAAGGAGACAGGUUUCCAGUCCACAGGAGACUCCGAGGCUCUUUCAGCAUCCAGUAGCCUCAUCACAGACACCAUCACAGCUUACUGUCAUUACCAGGCCAAGCUCUCUGACCAGGCUCUAUUUGACCUCUUGGUUCCAGUCAGAGAUGAACAUCGGUCCUUCUCAUCAUCCCAGCUCAAAAGGCUUCAGAGACUCGGUGUUGAGAAGUCUGACCCCUCGUCCCUGACCCGAGAUGAGAUUAGACGCUUGGUCUGGUUGGACAUUAAUCCAGACGUGAGGACGGUACAAGACCGAGAGUCUCUGGACGCUGAGCUGAUGGCCAUCGUCUCUCUGAGCAGGAGUGUAGAGGACCUGCAGGACAGACUGGCUCGGAUGGUGGUGGCUAACAACACGUCUGGAGAGCCGAUAACCGCCGAGGACCUGGGUGUUAGCAGUCUCGUAGGUCUGCUGUUGAAGGAAUCCCUGAAGCCGUGUUUGAUGCAGACCCUGGAGGGAACUCCUGUCUUUCUUCACUUCAGUCCAUUAGCUGAUGUCGCUUGGGGCAGUCCUUCCAUCAUGGCAGAUCGAAUGGCUCUGAAAUUGGUUGGGCCUCAGGGUUUUGUGGUCAGCGAGACACCUCACUGUGAGAACUUCUUCAGCAUCACGUGUCGGUCCUCAGGCCUGAGACCCCACGUGCUGGUGAUGGUGACGUCCGUACGAGCCCUGAAGACGUGCGGCGGUGGUGCUGGUGGUCCGCCGCUCACAGCCGGAUUUCCUUUACAUGAAGAAUGCUUGAAGCAGAACCUGGAGCUGCUGGAGAAAGGCUGCGUUCAUCUGAAGAGGAGAUUAGAGACGGCCAGGGCGUACGGAGUACCUGUGGUGGUGGCUGUGAACACCUUCAGGUGUGACACCGAGGCUGAGGUGGAGGUGGUGUGUGAGCAGGCGAGGAGGUUCGGAGCGCUCGAGGCAGUGAAGUGCAGCAGCUGGUCUGAAGGGGGCGCUGGAGCACUGGAGCUCGCACACUGCGUUCAGAGAGCGGCCGAGAUCCAGAGCACACUGCACUUCCCCUACCAGCUGCAGAUGUCUGUAAUUGAUAAAUUGAGAAGAGAAGCCCAGCAGAUGUUUGGUGCUGAAGAUGUGGAGCUUUCAGCUGAAGCUAAAGAGAAGCUUGAACUUUAUAGAAAGCAGGGUUUUGGACAUUACCCAGUGUGCAUCACUGAGAGCCACAUAUGUAUGAGGAAUGAAGCUGAAGUGAAGGUGCUGCCGAUUUCAGAUGUCCAGGCCUACGCAGGAGCAGGAUUUCUUUGCUUUGUGGCAAAUAUGAAAAACUGUCAUGAAGAUCCGACAUGGCCACGUUUGCUUGUGGACAGUCACCUUCAGAGAAACUUCUAGUAGCUCCAGUGUUUUAGGAUCGAGUUCCAUCACUGGAGGAAAUGAGCUCACGUUCCGAGAAGGUUCGGGGGGAAAAAAUGCAUUUUUCUUUAACUGUAACUUCUGCGAGUUACUCGACCCGUCCAUCAGGAGAAGCAGCUGCAGCUCGGUGUGUGUGUGUGUGUGUGUGUGUGUGGUUUAGUAAUAUGACUAAAGCACAGUGAACACAUCCAGCUAUGAUGUAUUCAGCCAUGUGAUUUUACUAUUCCACCCAAACACACGCGUAUUUUCUUUAUUUAUAAUUCAGCACUUUUCUACUCUCAGAUGUUGUUAAUUUAUUAAUUAUCUUCAUUUGUCUUGAAGCUACUUUCUUUCCACCAAUGGAGUCUUUAAUCCACAAUCUUUUCCUUUCAACUUGUUCUGUAACACAGCUCUAAUGCAUGAGUAUGAUGUUUACACACGACUUUUAUCAUUUAUAUGCACUUGUAUACAUUGUGCUUUGUACAUAUCGGUGUAUCAAACACACCCUAAGAAGUGUUCUUUCACAUUUAGGAAGAAUCAGACAUUUAUAAAAAAAAAAAUUAAAACAUUUAUAAACAAACAAACAUUAUAAUUCUGAUUUAACCGAUUAAAUGUAUUGUCAUUUUUUUUUUUUCAGUAAAUUUUUUUAUUUGAUUUUUUAAAAUUAAUUUUAUUUUUUUAUUUUCAAUUUAAAAAAAUCUUAAUUAAUUUUUUCAACAUUUUUUAUUUUAAAUUUAAAUUUUAAAUUAAUUUUUUCAACAUCUUUUUUAUUUUAAAUUAAAUUUUUUUAUUUAUUAAAAAAAUAAUAAUUUCUUACAUCACUACCCUAUGGUUUUAUAUCAGAUACAGGAGUUUUAUCCAGUGGUUUAAUCCCAGACAUAUACAGUAUGUAAUUUGUCUCCACUGUGAUUUGAAUGCUUUUGAUUUCUGAUUGGUCAGAAAAUGUUGAUUCGAUUUCCUUCACUGCAGGUUCACAUGAAUGCGCUUGUGGUUGUUCUCGUUUCUAUAGUAACGGCUUGUUCACAGGGACCCGAGUCCUUAAACAGUUCAUAUGAAACGUUCUCUUACAGUCAGGAAACGUUUUCAGGAAAAAGGUGUUUAUGCGUUUUUGCGGUUUCUCUUUGAUAAGCUUUCUUUGUUGUGUUGUUUUGUUUGUUUUUGUCUUAUUCACUUGGAGAUAGUGGAAAUAAACAAGAAGCUGGUGAGGGGACGACUGUUUAUAGCCCCUAUAACGUGAGUGAAAAUCAACUUAAAUGUAACUAUAAAUGGUUAAAAAGUAUAAUAUGUUGCUUUUAUAAAUAAUAAAUAAAAUAUUGUAACCAU